CUGGAACUGUGAAGAGUCUGAAAAGAGUGAUCAAGCUGACAUUUUCAUUUUGGAGACCUGUGAUGGUUGAAGCAUUACAUAUUUGGAAGAAUCAGCUGCAAGUAUUAUGUUUUGGCAGUUCUGGGAAGAAAUGUUGUUUUCAUAAUCAUAGAUAACAAAGAAGAACUUGCUGCAGUCCAGUGUUUUCCCAUGUGACACAGCUCAUAAAUUACAUAAAAAGCAAAAGGUCUUCAUUGACUUUAUGAAAGAGGGAGCCUCUGGUGCUGUAUCUGUGAUGCUAAGGAAGUGUUCCGCACCAGUCUGCUGGAUCAAUGUACUUUUUGGUCCCUAGUCAAUGACACAUUAAUAUCACCAGGAGGAGAUGAAUAUAUGAAAGCUGCGUUACAUUCUACCCGUUAUUGAACUAACAAAGGAGCUGGCUGGGUAUAUUCCUUUACUGUGUGGGAGACAAAGAUUAUGGCAAUUGAUUUUAAUUUAAGCUUUUUAAAGGAGCUGGAAAGAGAAAGGGUUUUGGAAGUUCUCUACAGAGACCAGUCCCUACAAAAGCUGGAAGAGGAAAGAGUAAGGAAACUAAAAGCACAAUUGCAGCAGCUCCGUUGGAAAGGUGCUAAGAGUGUGAGCAGGGAAUACGAGGAGAGAUCGUGUGCUCGUUGCCAGAAACCCCUUGGCCGGUUGCUAAAUAGAGGAGCUGUUUGCGAUGGUUGCAGUCAUCGCGUGUGCCAGGAAUGCCAGGUUUUCUUGCAGCACCUCAUGUGGAAGUGUACUGUCUGCUAUGCCCAUGGGGAAGUUAAGAUACAAACAGGGGAAUGGUUCUUUGAAUUAAGAGAGAAGAAGUUUCCGUCCACAGGAAAACAAGAAACUGUUGGUUCCAAGCUACUGAAAACUUACCAAAAAAUGAGCAAAAUAUCUGUUGUUCCACCUACUCCACCUCCUUUCCAUGAAGUGACACCUUUAAACACUUUGGAGCUCAGCAAAUCAAAAGGAUUUAAUAAGUCAGUUGAGAACCUGUUUCUUUCCCUCACAUCACAAGUAAAAAAGAUAUCUAAAUCUCAGAAUGAUAUGACUGAAAAAUAUCACCUUACAACUGAUUAUGGCCAGAAAGCAGAGAAGAGGAAAGAAAAAAGGAGUCACUCGGACACUGCUAUAAAUAUAGCUAGUGAGCUGGAAAAAUCUAACAGCCUGCACCACCUUAUCCACAAAGCUAAAGAAGAAGAAAUGGUUGAGAAAAGGCAAACAAAGCAUGAGAGUGAUGAGGAAACCAGUUCAAUGAAAAAAAGGGUAUUUUUUGGCGUUCUAAAACGAGAGAGUAUGUGCAGCAUUAGCAGCAGUUGCACAGAGACAGAAAGCUUUGACAAUGCAGAUAUUACUGGAGAAAUAGAGUUUGCUAUAUCAUACAACUUUAAGUUCUGCACCCUAGAGAUAUCCAUCAAAGCUUGCAAGAACCUAGCUUAUGGGGAAGAGAAGAAAAGGAAGUGUAACCCAUACAUAAAGACAUACUUGAAACCUGAUAAAUCUUCUAACAGCAAAAUGAAAACAAGUGUUAAGAAAAAUACAGUGGACCCAUUAUUUCAUGAAACUUUAAAGUACAACAUUGAGUACUGCCAGCUGGGAACACGAAUACUUCAGGUAUCUGUGUGGCAUGCAAGUGCAUUGAAGCGUAAAGUAUUCCUUGGGGAAGUGAGCAUACCCCUUGAAUCGUGGGAUUUUCAGGAUAAUUCAGCUCAGUCGUUUAACUGGUAUCAGCUAAGGGCGAAGCCAAAAAAACACGAAGAGGGCAUGAUUCAGUAUCAUGGAGAACUUUGUGUAAGAGUCAGACUUGCAAUACCUCCGGUUUGUAACAAAUUCCAGUAUGGAGACUACACAAUUCAAGAGGUAAAAAAACCUGAACUGAGUCAACUACAUGUUGUCAUAAAUGAUGCCAGGAACUUAUCAUUAAGACCAGAUGGUAAUUUAAGUUCAUAUGUAAAAAGUUGUCUUGUACUACCAAACAAACGGGAAAUGAAGCAGAAGACACCAGUGCUUAGAAAACAAAUUUGCCCAACGUGGCAACACACAUUUGUUUUUAAUAUCCAAGGUUCAAAUGAACUCAAAAAAUGCCAUCUUGACCUUACAGUCUGGGACCAAGCUUCCCUGGGACUAAAUGACCGCUUUUUGGGUGGGGCCAGACUAAUCACUGCUGAGGACACCAGUGAAUCUGAAUGUUACCAAUCAGCAGAACCCCUGUGGCAGCGACUACUUAACCGGCCCAAUGAAUGGAUCGAGGAAACAAUUGUGCUACACUCUAACAUGGGGCGUUAUCAUUUUUGACCACCAGAAUGGAAUGUCAAACUGUUGCAUAUAUAAUGCAUGAGAGAAUUGCUGUAUAAAGCAAUAUCCACUUGUACUAUAUUCAGAGACUUGCUAUACGCUCACUGUGCAAAAUAAGAAACUAAGACAGUUCAGCCUACAGAAAUUUACUAUAUUAUCAUAAAAAAGCACUUGUUUACCUGUGUAUACUGUACUGGGCAUGCAUAUUAGUCAUUUAUGGUUCACACGGUCAUAAUUUGCACUUUCUUUUAUAAUCAAUACCAUUAAUAUGAUUAUAUCAUUCAGAGAAGUGUUUGUCAACCUUCUUGUAGCUAAUACUUCUACAGAUAUACAUUUGUGUCCUAAGUACCCACGACUGCAACACAUUAAAAUGAUUAAAAUAAAAAAAUAAGAGACAA